GAGUCGGUGAGGUGGGAGGAGGCGGUGUUUCCGGUCGCCGUCGCUGUCCAGGGAGGCUGAGGCGAGAGGGAGCUGGCCGGGUGGGGACCCCGCACUACCUUCUUCUUCCUCCCCCCGGGUGAGGGGAGCGAAGGUUGGGGCCCUGACCCCAUGGACCGGGAGGAGGCGGAGGCCGCCGAGAGCCGGGGCCCCGCUGUGUGGCCUUGAGCCCCGUGUAUUAGUUCUGCCUAUCUGGAAGAUCAUGGAGAAGAGGCUGGGAGUUAAGCCAAGCCCUGCGUCCUGGAUUUUAUCAGGAGUUUGUUGGCAGGCAUUCAUGAAGUGUUUGGGAGACCUGUACCUGUUUUAUACUUGCUUCUGCUUCAGUGUGCUGUGGUUGUCAACAGAUGCCAGUGAGAGCAGGUGCCAGCAGGCGAAGAUACAAUUUGGAGUUGGCCUGAGAUCUGGGGGAGAAAAUCACCUCCAGCUUUUUGAAGGAACCUCCUCUCUGCAGUCAUGUUGGACUGCCUGCUGCCAGGACUCUGCCUGCCAUGCCUUUUGGUGGUUAGAAGGGAUAUGCAUUCAGGCAGACUGCAGCAGGCCUCAGAGCUGCCAGCCUUUUAGGACAGCCUCUUCUAAUUCCCUGCUGGUGUUUUUUAAAAAAGCCCAGACUGCAGACUAUUCAGACUUUCCACCUGGAGAUGAUAUACCACAUAUUCUGGGGCUAGAUUGGAGCAGGACACCUUGGAGGAGACAGGACUCACGCAAAGCUCCACUCAAACCUGCGAUAUCUUUGAGUGACCCACAGAAGUUUAUCAGGAAGCUUCGGAAGAGAGAGAGUUCCAGUAAAGUAGUUUCACCUACAGUUACACUACCGUCGGAAAUGAAUGAUUCCAAGGAACUAGAACCACAGAAUACCAGUGGCUCUGCAGAGGUUCACAAGGCAGUUACAGUUUCCAGUCCCUUCACUACACCCUUGCCUGCAGAAACUUCUGUUUGGUUAAAGAAUGUAUCACUACAGCCUGUCAUAUCAGAGGAUCCUGGUGCUGUACCCAGCACUCAGCAAAUGAGGAACCCUGGGAACAACACUACUUCUCUACCAAUGGCUCCCUCCUACAGUUAUGCUACCUCCGCUCCCCAAACUUCUUUCCAGAGCACCUCAGCACCAGUUAUAAAGAAAUUGGUAGUAUCUGCUGGAGAUAGUGUCCAGAUUACCCUACCUAAGAAUGAAGUUCAACUAAAUGCAUAUGUUCUCCAAGAACCACUUGAAGGAGAAAACUACACCUACAACUGGCAGCUGAUAACGCAUCCUAAAGACUACAGUGGAGAAAUGGAAGGGAAAUAUUCCCAGUUCCUCAAACUAUCCAAGCUCACUCCAGGACUAUACGAAUUCAAAGUGAUUGUAGAUGGUCAAAAUGCCCACGGGGAGGGCUUUGUAAAUGUAACAGUCAAACCAGAGCCCCGUAAAAAUAGGCCUCCUGUAGCCAUUGUGUCCCCACAGUUCCAGGAGAUCGCUCUGCCAAUCACUUCCACAGUCAUUGACGGCAGCCAAAGCACUGAUGAUGAUAAAAUCGUCCAGUACCAUUGGGAAGAACUAAAGGGACCUCUGAGAGAAGAGAAGAUUUCUGGAGAUACACCCAUAUUAAAAUUGAGCAAGCUCGUCCCUGGGAACUACACUUUCAGCUUGACUGUUACAGACUCUAAUGGAGCUACCAAUUCCACAACUGCAAACCUGACAGUGAACAAAGCUGUGGAUUACCCUCCUGUGGCCAAUGCUGGUCCCAUUCAAGUUAUUACUCUGCCCCAAAACUCUAUUACCCUCUUUGGGAACCAGAGCACUGAUGAUCAUGGCAUCAGCAGCUAUGAAUGGUCACUCAGCCCAAGCAGCAAAGGGAAAGUUGUGGAGAUGCAGGGUGUUCGGACACCAACCCUACAGCUCUCUGCCAUGCAAGAAGGAGACUACACUUACCAGCUCACAGUGACCGACACAAUUGGACAGCAGGACACUGCCCAGGUGACUGUGAUCGUGCAGCCUGAAAACAACAAACCUCCUCAGGCAGAUGCAGGGCCAGAUAAGGAGCUGACCCUUCCUGUGGAUAGUACAACCCUGGAUGGCAGCAAAAGCACAGACGAUCAGAAAAUUUCCUCAUAUCUUUGGGAAAAAACACAAGGACCCGAUGGGGUGCAACUCAAGAAUGCUAAUAGCAGCAUUGCCACCGUGACCGGGCUGCAAGUGGGAACCUACGUGUUCACCUUGACUGUCAGAGAUGAGAGGAAUCUGCAAAGUCAGAGCUCUGUGAAUGUCAUUGUUAAAGAAGAAAUAAACAAGCCACCUAUAGCCAGGAUAACGGGGAAUGUGGUGAUUACCUUGCCUACGGACACAGCGGAACUGGAUGGCUCCAAGUCCUCAGAUGACAAGGGAAUCAUCAGCUACCUCUGGACUCGAGACGAAGGGAGCCCAGCAGCAGGGGAAGUGCUGAAUCGCUCUGACCACCACCCGAUCCUCUUCCUUUCCAACCUGGUUGAGGGAACCUACACAUUUCACCUGAAGGUGACUGAUGCAAAGGGUGAGAGUGACACAGACCGGACCACGGUGGAGGUGAAGCCUGAUCCCAGGAAAAACAACCUGGUGGAGAUCAUCUUGGAUGUCAACGUCAGCCAGCUAACUGAGAGGCUGAAGGGGAUGUUCAUCCGCCAGAUUGGGGUCCUCCUGGGGGUGCUGGAUUCCGACAUCAUUGUGCAAAAGAUUCAGCCGUACACGGAGCAGAGCACUAAGAUGGUAUUCUUUGUUCAAAAUGAGCCUCCCCACCAGAUCUUCAAAGGUCAUGAGGUGGCUGCAAUGCUCAAGAGUGAACUGCGGAAGCAAAAGGCAGACUUCCUGAUAUUUGGAGCGCUGGAGAUCAAUACUGUCACAUGCCAGCUGAAUUGUUCUGACCAUGGCCACUGUGAUUCAUUCACCAAACGCUGUAUCUGUGACCCUUUUUGGAUGGAGAAUUUCAUCAAGGUGCAGCUGAAGGAUGGAGACAGCAACUGUGAGUGGAGUGUCUUGUAUGUCAUUAUUGCUUCCUUUGUCAUUGUCGUUGCCUUCGGAAUCCUGUCCUGGACUGUGAUCUGCUGCUGUAAGCGGCAAAAAGGAAAACCUAAGAGGAGAAGCAAGUACAAGAUCCUGGAUGCCACUGAUCAGGAGAGCCUGGAGCUAAAGCCAAGCUCUCGAGCAGGCAUCAAGCAGAAAGGCCCAGUGGUGAGCAGCAGCCUGAUGCACUCCGAGUCGGAGCUGGACAGUGACGAUGCCAUCUUCACAUGGCCAGACCGAGAGAAGGGCAAACUCCUACAUGGACAGAAUGGCUCCGUGCCCAAUGGGCAGACUCCACUGAAGGCCAGAAGCCCACGAGAGGAGAUCUUGUAGCCACCUGGACUGUUCCUCCGGGUAGAGGUGGCAGUGUCAGGGCCCCGCGCAUCGCCAAGCCCAGUACCUCCCAGACCUUGGGCAGCUGUUGUCUCAGCAUUUGCUGGUCACUCCACCCUGCCACACCCAACCAGAACUGCAGGUACUUGACUCUAGAGAUGUUCUCCAGGAACCCCUGAAAGAAGCUGUGAAUGAAGAGACUUCCUCUUUAAACCUGUCUGGUAGGGCCCCCCUGCCCUGCCCCCAAAACACCCUCACCUCAGGGCCUCCUUAUUUUGCAAAUUCCUUCCCACAAGUCCUGGCUGUGUCCCCCUCUCCCAGGUACAGAAGCAGCACCUCCAGCCAGGGGACCCAAGAGCCUGGCUGCAGGCUGUUCUUGGCUCUCUUUGAGCUGCAGGGGAGGUGUCACCUCCUUUCCUCACCGCUGAUGCCCAGCAGGUAGUGUAGAAAGGUGUCGAGCACACCAUCCUGGGAGGACUGUUGCUGAGUAGAGCACGGAAGCCUUCUGCCUGCUGCCCGUCAGAGCUGCGGGGCUGGACAGUGUCCUCCUCUGACUGGCCUUGGCUGCCUCAGGGCCUGGCCCACACCUGCUGUACAGCGGAGGCGGCCACAAAUGAACUGGAAUGUCAAGGCACAAGAGUGCGUGUGUGUGACUGUCCCACUGUGGUCUGUCCAUCCCCUUUUUGUGUCCCCUGCAUGUGUGUUAUUGAGUGUGUGCGUGCACAUAACUCCUCAUAGGGCUCUCAGCUGCUCACAAGGCAUACUUGACUCAGAAAGACUUUCAACUCCUUGGAACAGACUGUCUUCAUCCCUCUGGCCCUGUCACUGGUUCCUCGGCCAUGGUAUCUGGGUGUUGAGGAAUGGGAACAUGGGGUAGAGACUUUUUAAACAGAAACUUAGUUUAUACUACUGCACUUCUGUCUAUUGUGGGAUGAUUAAACAUGCUAUUUAAUUGUA